GUUACACUGCUGAUAAUGCCUGGAACCCGCGCAGGCGACUGUGGGGUCGGAGAAUACUUACAUGAAGGUCACUGCUGUGUGUCUUGUCCAGCAGGUACUUACGUUGCUCAGCACUGCAGUGCUCCGCACCUGAGAGGAAGAUGUGUCCCUUGCACCGAAGGAGAGGGUUAUACUGCCCAUGAGAAUGGCUUGGAAGAAUGCUUGUCGUGCAGACGGUGCAAAGAUGAUCAGAUAACUUUGAGACCCUGUACUCUGACGCAUGAUACAGAAUGCCAGUGCAAACAAGGAUAUUUCUGCCCUGCCGAGGGCUGUGAAAUAUGUCAGAGGUGCAGUACAAUGUGUCCGGAAGGGAAAGAAAUUGUGCAGAAUUGCAAUGCUACUACGGACCUAGGAUGUGGCUUACCCAAUGAAGGCAGCAUGGCUUUUGUUUGGAUCAUUGUGGUUAUUUUCGUUGUUGGUGGUGGUUUGUUGCUGUUCUUUGUAAUUAGAAAGCUGAAGAGUGAUAAAGCUGCUUCAACUGAUAAAGAUGCAGAGAGAGGGCUGGAGUCUGAGGGCAGUACUGAAAGCCUAAUUUUGCCAGAAGUGGAGACACCUGCAAAUAGCAUAGCCAACCUAGAGGCUGAGAACUCUGGUGAGAGCCCAGAGGACCAAGCACAAACCAGUGUUAACAUGGAAGUAAAAACCACAUCACCAGAGGAAAACAGUGUUGCACUUUCUGAGCCCAGCACCAUCCCGUGUGGGGGCUGGAGGCGCAACAUGGAAAGGUGCUGGAAGAGGAUUGCUUACUCUUCACUACCAGCAAAAACUGGACAGAAUCCUGCUUGUCAUCAGAAUGCCUUGUCUAAUAUACCAAGGGGUAGGAUGCCAGCAAAGCAUAUGGUACGAGAACCGCAGUGUCGAAUAAUUGUUAAAGAUCUCUCUCAAAAAGAACUGAGAGAUUGCUUUUGGACCUUUACAAAGGAAGUGCCACAGAAAAAAUGGAGGCAGCUUAUGAGAACUCAUCUGCAGGAAAACGAUAUUGAUAAAAUUAUUUAUGACUUUCCUAAUGAUAUAGAAGAGCAAUCUUAUCAGAUGCUUCUCGCCUGGAGAAACACACUGGGAGAGAAACAAACUAUUAUUAAGCUACUGGAUGAGUUAAGGUAUCUAGAUACCAAGGCUUGUGAUAACGUAUUGAAUACUUUAAAAAGUCGUAACAUUAUAAGUAAAUUAGAAGCUACAGAUUGA